CCGGGACAGGCUCCGGCACCCCGUGACCCCGAAAGGGACAAAGCGGUCAGGAAAGUGGAUGGCUGAAGAACCUAUUCUUAUAUACAGUCUAUGGUAAGAACGUGCGUGUUUGAGGUGUUUUUGAGGCUGACAGUGACGCGCGUGGCAUGAAUGUACCACGUGACUGCUCAGAAACGGGUCAGAAUCAUCAUGACCCUCCUCAACCUGUCCUUCGCCGCCUGCGGCUUCAUGGGGAUGUACCACCUGGGCGCGGCAGGGGCCCUCCUCCGGCACGGGGACAGGCUGCUGGGGUCCCUGCGAGCCUGUGCUGGGGCGUCUGCGGGGGCGCUGGUGGCUGCCGCCAUGGUCACCGCCCCUGACAAGCUGGAGGUCUGUAAAGACUUCACGCUCCGCUUUGCUGAAAGCGUGAGGCGGCGGCGGUUUGGAGCCGUCACGCCGGGAUACGACUUCAUGCUGGAGCUACGGGAGGGCGUGGAGGAGGUUCUGCCCGCUGACGCUCACCGUCUGGCCUCCGACCGUCUGUUCGUGUCCAUCACGCACUUCCAGAGCGGCAGGAAUCACACCGUGUCCUCGUUCGGCUCCAGAGAGGAGCUCAUAAAGGUUCUGCUGGCCAGCAGCUUCGUCCCGGUCUACGCCGGACUCAAACCCGUGGAGUUCAGAGGACAGAGAUGGAUGGAUGGAGGAUUCACCGACAGCCUCCCCAUCCUGCCCGAGGGACGGACCAUCACCGUGUCUCCUUUUGCCGGCCCCCAGGACGUAUGCCCCGCCCACAGGGGGCUCCUCGACGUGCAGCUCAGACUCGCCAACAUGAACAUCAUGCUGUCUCUGGAGAAUGUGAGACGUCUGAUCCGGGCCCUCUUCCCGCCGCCCACCAGCACCAUGCACUUCCUGUGGGAGGAGGGAUUUGGUGACGCCGUCCGCUUCCUCCAGAGGGAGGGCUUCACUCAGGCCUGAAGGCCCGUUCUCCCUGGAGGUUUCCUGUGUGGGAGGGGUGGGAACCCGACCAGAGAGGUCCUGAGCCGCUCCGACCGGGUCAUUUGUCUGGACUGAGGUCUGCAGACGGGACCUUCCUGAAGUUCAGACCCAGAGAAGAACCUGAGGACGCUCUCCGCUCCUGAUGCUCGGAGUCAAAGCAGCAGGAAAAGGUCCUGCAGGGGGCGGGGUUUGUUUGAGACGAAGGUCGCUCAUGGGGAUAAAACAUUUACUGGACCUUUGAAGUCUGCAGCUUCUUCAGAGUCCAGACGUCCUGGUUUGACUGAAUCCAGGCUGUAGAUGGAGCCGCUGAACUCAGCAGCAACAGACGUCUGAUCUCUAACAGGUGUAUCACGUGAUCAGCAGCAAUGAGAUUUAGUGGGGUUAAAUAGUGAAACAUCUGUACCACAUGUCACCCGCAGCAUACCCAUAGAUAAACAUUUUCUCUCUACGGUUCACUGAGCGGUCUGUGACCUUUUCACCUGCAGACGGCCUGUAUCCACCUGUAAGGACAGCUGGGACUAAAGCUCUAAUUAUCUUAUUUUUCACUUCAAAACAAUAAUUAUUGUCAAGAAACAAGAUUAAGUUUUAGACUUCUGAGCGUCGUUGGUUGAUGAUUUCUGGUUCUGUUUACUGAUGUCAAUCUGUUUUUUUAUGACUACAGUUAUUGUAAAUACGCUAACACGACUAGCAUGUAGCAUGUCAGACUGAGUGUGUGUGAGGUUGGGAGUUAUUGUAAAUAUGCUAACAUGGCUAACAUGUUUAGCUGGGAUUACGCGGCUUCUGUAGGAAAUCAGCAGUAACGUUUGCUUAAGCGGUAACAGUUUGUUUUUAUGAGUUACUAAGGAGGUAUUGUGAUUACGCUAACGUGGCUAACGUGUAGCGUGUCACAAACACGUUCUGUGAGCGUAAUUAAUAAAGUCUUUCUAACUGAGA